GAAGCUUACGAAGGUCAUCCACUUUGUUCAGGAGCACAACAUUAGACCGAAGAUGGUGGAGGUUUGGCGAGAGAAAUUUGCCCAUUUGAACUUGACAUAUUCUAUAGGAGGUCAAAUCAGUUUUGAUUUCUUCCCCCAGGGAUGGGAUAAGACAUUCUGUUUGCAAUUUGUGGAGAAGGAGUUCAGUGAAUUUCACUUCUUUGGAGACAAGACAUACAAGCUGCCGGAAUUGCUGUAAGGUUGUACGUUGUUUCAGUAUGAACUGUCCUGACUCCAUUUUCUUGUAUUUACGGCGGAAACGAUCAUGAGAUUUUUGAGUCAGAGAAGACUAUCGGACACAGUAACGAGUCCGGAAGAUACUUUCAGACAAUGCAUGAA